AUGGAGAGUAAAAUAGAAAAUGAAAAUAUGAAUAAGAAUAAAAAUUAUAAGAAUAUAAUUGAUAUUAAUAGAAGUAAAUAUGAUAACUUAUCAAAAGAAGAACAGGAAUAUUAUGUUGGUGUACCAUAUAGUUGGGAAUAUAUAGAAAAUAGUAAAAAUUGGUUUAUUAUAGAAACAAGUAAAAGUUAUAAAUUUUAUUUUAAUAAAAAAACAAAUGAGAAAACAUGGAAUUACCCUUUAGAAUUAGAAGAAAUAUUGAAAAAAGAAAAUAAAGAAAAGAAAAUUUAUAUCCAAGAAGAAAUUGAUAAUAAUAAUAAUAAUAAUAAUAAUAAUAAUAAUAAUAAUAAUAAUAAUAAUAAUAAUAAUAAUAAUAAUGAUAAUAAUGAUAAUAAUGAUAAUAAUAAUGAUAAUGUAAAAACAAAUAAUGAAAAUCAAAAUAUUGAAGUUACUUUGAAAGAGUAUAAAAAUCUUCUCAUAGAAAAAAAGUUAAGUGAAUUUUCGAAAUAUGAAAACGUAUUAGCAAAUAUUUUAUAUGAUAGUAGAUUUUUAAGUGUGCCAAAAGAUAUGAGAAAAGAAUAUUUUUAUAAAUUAAUAAAAGAAAUUCAUGAAGAUAAAAAGAUGGAAUUAAAGAUACUAACGGAAAAUUUUCAAAAUUUAUUAAAUAAAAAAGAAGAAUUUUUUUACACUUUCAAGGAAUCAGAUGCAAUUAAUUUUUUAAAAGAUAAAAGCGAGUAUAAAGGGAAUAAUUCUGAAUAUUGGAAAAAUAUUAGAAAUAAAUUGUUGAAAAAAUUUUUAGAAAAAAAAAAAAAAGAAAAAGAAAAAAGUGUAGAAAAGAAAUUUGAAAAAAUUUUAAAUGAUUAUUUAAAAGAUGAAAAUCCAAAAAGAUGGAUAAAGAUAAAAAAUAAUUUAAUAAAAAAGGAAAAAUAUGAAAUCCUUUCCCAUGAUAAAAAAAACAAAAUAUUUGAAAGUGUCAGUGAGAAACUUUUAAAUAAUAUAAAAGAUAAAAACAAAAGAAGAGAAGAUAGAAACUUAUAUUUAAAUAACAAAGGUCAAUCAGAAAAAAGUAAAGUAAAUAGAAACGAAAAAAAUAUUUUUUUAGGAAUAUUAUUUGAAAAAUUAAAAUUCCCUGUUAUAAAUGAUGAUAUUUUGAAAUAUGAUACUUGUAUUAAUAAAAAAAAAAGUUUUGAAGAAUUAUGCUCCAUUCCUGAUAAUAUAACCAUUAAUGAAGAAUAUAAAAAAUUAUCUUUAAGUGAUAAUGAAAAAUUUCAUAUAUACAGGGAAUUUAUAAAUAAUUAUAUAAAUAUAAAACUGAAAACUUUUGAUAAAUAUUUAGCUGAUUUAUCAAUUAAUUUUAUUAAUAAAUCUCUUGAUGAAAUAAUAAAAUUAAUUGAUAAAAAUAACAAAAUUUUUACAUCUUUAAAAUAUGAACAUUUAGAAAAAGUCUACUUGAAAUGGAAAUAUUAUAAAAUAAAAGAAGCAAAACAAAUAUUUAAAGAUUAUUUAAAAAAAUCAAAUUUUAUUAAAUAUAAUUCAGAUGAAGAAGAAAACUAUAAAAAAUUAAUCGAUAUUCUAUCACAAGAUAUAAGUUAUCAAAGAUUAGAAUGUGUUCAUGAAGAAAGAGAAAAAAUUAUAAAAGACAGAAUAAAUGAAUUAAAAAUAGAACAUGAGAAAAACAAAAAUUUAUCCGAAAGAUUGAAUUUUAGUUGA